AUGAGAAAGGCAUUCGCCCUCGCCGCGAGGUCCUCUCGCCGGCCCACAGCGGCCAGGAACCUCCUCGCCAGAUCCUCCCCCGCCACCACAUCACAGCAGCAGCAGCAGCAGAUCCGCCACGCCUCCGCAGCGACCUCGAAACACCCGCAGGGCUUCGAGCCGCCCACGGCAUCCGACCUGGCCGAGCUGCGCGAGCGCGUGCAGGAAUUCACCCGCCGCGAGAUCACCGAGGAGGUCGCCGCUAGCACGGACAAGACCAACGCCUUCCCUAACGACAUGUGGCCGAAGCUCGGCGAGGCCGGGUUCCUGGGCAUGACGGCGGACGAGGACGUGGGCGGCCUGGCGAUGGGCUACCAGGCGCACUGCGUCGUCAUGGAGGAGAUUUCCCGCGCCAGCGGCAGCAUCGGCCUCAGCUACGCCGCCCACUCGCAGCUCUGCGUCAACCAGCUCCAGCUCAACGGCAGCGCCGAGCAAAAGGCAAAGUACCUGCCCGGGCUCAUCGCGGGGACCUCGGUCGGCGCCCUGGCAAUGUCCGAGUCGGGCGCGGGCAGCGACGUCGUCAGCAUGCGCACGACCGCCAAAAAGGUCGACGGCGGCUACCUGCUCGACGGCACAAAGAUGUGGAUCACCAACGGGCCCGACGCGGACGUCGUCGUCGUCUACGCAAAGACGGAGCCCGACAAGGCCUCCAAGGGCAUCACGGCGUUCAUCGUCGAGACAAAGUCCGACGGCUUCAGCUGCGCCCGCAAGCUCGACAAGAUGGGCAUGCGCGGCAGCAAUACGGGCGAGCUCGUCUUCGAGUCCCUGUUCGUCCCCGAGGAGAACGUCCUGGGCAAGGUCAACGCCGGCGUGCGCGUCCUCAUGGAGGGUCUUGACCUCGAGCGGCUCGUCCUGAGCGCGGGCCCGCUGGGCAUCAUGCAGGCCUCACUGGACCUCGCCCUGCCCUUUACGCACCAGCGCAAGCAGUUCGGCCAGCCCAUCGCGCACAACCAGCUCAUCCAGGGCAAACUUGCAGACAUGUACACCAAGCUCCAGGCGUCGCGGGCCUAUACGUACAACACGGCUAGGGCCGUCGACGAGGAGGGCACCAUCCGCACGCAGGACUGCGCCGGUGCCAUCCUGUACGCCGCCGAGAGGGCCACAGAGUGCGCCCUCGACAGCAUACAGCUGCUCGGCGGCAUGGGUUAUGUCGAGGAGAUGCCCGCGUCGAGGUUGCUGAGAGAUGCCAAGUUGUACGAAAUUGGUGCCGGAACGUCCGAGGUUAGGAGGAUGGUUAUUGGGAGAGCAUUCAACAAGGAAUAUGCCCGUCUCGGAGCGUAG